UUUGUGAAGUUCUGUUGGGUCCCAGGCCACGUGGGUAUAAGAGGUAAUGAAGAAGCUGAUACAGCUGCUAAGUCAGCAAGCCCUUCACAGCAUACAAUGCAUAUUGAAGGAGGUGAUUUGAAGCUGGUCGUUAAAAAACGACUAGCAGAGAGAUGGCAAAAUAUGUGGAACGCACAAAUCCACAAUAAACUACACGAGAUCAAACCUUUGAUAGAAAAUUGGACACACAAUAGGCAGUAUGAUAGGAGAUCUGAGGUUGUCCUUACUCGUUUGAGAAUUGGACACACACGACUGACUCAUCAAUACCUUUUGAAGGGAGAUGACGAAGCAGUAUGUCAGUACUGCAAUUGUACCGUAAGUGUUAAACACAUACUUUGCAAUUGCAUCGCUCUUGAUCAAUGUCGUAGACAGCAUUUUGGAAAUGCAAGUUUGAGUGAGAUUUUGGGCCAGAGGCCAAAACUUGAUAAGUUACUGAACUUUCUUAAAGUUGUAAAUAUUUAUAAAGAGAUUUAAUUAAUUAUUCAUAUACUUAUUGAUUAUUUAUUAUCAUAUUUUUUUAUUAUUAUUUAUUAUAUAUUUAUAUCUGUUUUGUUGUUUUGUUUAUUUGAUCUUAUUCAUGUUUAUGU